CCUUUUCUUUGGUAGCGCUUCUACUCUGAAAGGGUCAAGACAGCAGAUCGACCUUUCCAUAACUAUUUGAUAGUUUUUAUUUUGGGUACACCUGUACAUGUAAGACAGUAAUGUCUGCGGAGGUAGCACCCGACCAGGCCGCAGAGUACAUCCCAGAGAAGGUGAAAAAGGCGGAGAAGAAGUUGGAAGAGAACCCAUAUGACCUUGACGCUUGGAGCAUUCUGAUACGUGAAGCACAGGUUUAGUGAUGCAGGAUUGCAUUUUCUUUUACGUGGGGUCAUGGGUGGGGGAGCCUUAAUGAAAAACCUUGUUUCCACAUCAUGUACAUAUCAUCGAGAGGAUUACCUGUGAACAAGUAAAAAUUGAUUUCAAAACGCCUUCUACUUUUUAGAAACCAACCUAUAGACAAAGCAAGGAAGAAUUAUGAACGACUUGU